GCAGAGAGGUGGUGAUGGCGAACCAGCUUCUAACAUUAAACCAAGAAGAUCUAGAUCUUGGGGCUCUUUUUGUGUCGUUGUCGUUUCCAUCUCGUGUCGACAAUCUAGCGUCUCUGCAGUUGCGUCCAACUAAGACACUAAUGCCUGCGGUUAGCGACUAUGCCAGCUACUGUAGUCGCACCAAUGCAGCUGCACUCCGUUACGAUAGAUCUGUCCUACCCCACAAGAGGUACAACGGCCGCUUUGCACAGGCUCGAGCAAUAUUCCACGGGUGCUUUGGAAGCACAAGCUGGUAAUAACCCAAUGCUAAAAAGCCGUCUGCGAAGG